AAUAUGUACGUGAGGAUUUCUUUAGGAAAAUUAGACUGAAAAGUGGGUGAUGAAGGUUACAAAACAGAUUUUCUAUUCUUUUGCAGACUUAAUAUUGGUAAAACGUAUACUGAGUAAUUUGUCUGCAUAGCGCAGCAGCAGUAAGUUCGUAAAUAACAGAGCACCUUUUAUUCUAAAAUCAAUUCCUUUUACAGUUAGUUUUCAUAGGACCUUCAUCACAGUUGGAAGCCAAAAAAGCACACGAAGUUUUGUUAAAUAAUUUCAAUUCAAAUUGGAAAUUUUAGGAAGUGUGAAGUGUUAAGUUUUUGAAAAAAAAAUAUCAAAACGAAAAUUCUAAAAGAAUUCGAAUUCUGCAAAGCAAUUUUCCACAAAAUCAACCAAAUAACGAAAAACACGAGUGAAGCAAUUCUGUGCUGCACGCGAUUUAAAAAAAAUCUCUAACCCCUUUUUUCUGUAUCGUCGCAGUUGUCCCCAGUACUCUUUCAAUUCGAAUAUCUGUACAGAAACACGUUGAACGUUGAACAUUGCCUUCCUCUUAGAGUUUGUGUCUGCAAAAUCUUUUACGCACGUACACUGACAUACAAACAUAUUCAUUGAUUCAAAAACUUGUGCAAAAUAGACAAAAACGCUAAAAUACAAAACCACAGCAAAAGUAGCAACAAUUUGAUUAAAGACAGCAGUUAGAGAAAAAAAAAACUAACAACUUUCAAAUCAAAUAAUCAAACGGACAUGUUCUCCGGUUUAACAAAUCAGUUUACCUCAUUAGUUGGUGCCGUUAAAGGUGGCCAAACUGAUGAGGAUGCGUCAGCACCAACACAGGAUGCAAGCGCUGCUGAUGCGACAGUUACUGCCGGUGGUGCUACACUAGAACAGGAUGCUAAUGCUGCAGCCGGUGGUGAACAUGCUGAGGGCGAGGAAGGCGCAAAAAGUGAGCCAUCCUUGGUAAAUUCAAUUUUGACAGAAGCAACUGGUUGGUUAGGUAGUGCCAAAGGUUGGUUGGGCAGUGCUUCCAUACCAUCAAUGCCGGCUAUGCCAACAAUGGCUAUGCCUUCGAUGCCAGCUAUGCCAGCAAUGCCAUCGAUACCAUCAAUUCCAGGUUUACGUAAGAGUGGCGGUGAUGCAGCUGAAGCUGGAGCAGAUGGAGAACAAGCAGAUGCUACAGCAGGUGCUAUUAGUGGUGAAGAUGAUGACAAAUCGAGGUAUAUUAGCGCUACAGAAGGUGCUGACUCGCACCCUGCAUCCGGUGGUGGCACACCCACUGGCGAAGAAGGUCAAAUUGGACAGGGUAAGGGCGAAGAUGUAAAAAUCACCACAAAAGUCACACAACAAGCCAAACACUUCGGUUCAUUCUUGUCUUCAGCAAUUAAUAAAGCAGGAGCUAAAAUUAAGGAAACUGUUAAGGAUAAUACAAUUCUUGAAUCUUUCAACAAAGAGCAAGAGGCUUUCAUUAAAGGUCAAGCUGGUAAUGAAUCUGGCGCUGCACCUUGGUUAGGUCUUGCCAAUGAGGGAAAAAUUAAAGAAGAAAUUUUGGGCUUAGCACAGGAUCGCCGCAACUUUGUGCGCGCACCACCAGCUGGAGUUGAUUUUGAAUUUAACUAUGAUACAUCAUAUCCAACUGCCAUUGCCAUAAUGGCUGAGGAUAAGGCGCUCGAACAAAUGAGAUUUGAGCUCGUACCUAAAAUUAUUACUGAAGAGAAUUUCUGGCGAAAUUACUUCUAUCGUGUUUCACUUAUCAUACAAGCCGCCGAGCUGGGAACACUUGGUGCUGAUGGCGUUGGACAAGCCUCAAGCGGUGAAGAUGUCAAAACGAAACAAACAACUCUAGAGACAGAUGCGACGAUAACAAGAGAUACGGAAAAGAGUACAGCAAAUCCUGUAAAGGAUACUUCUGAUAAAACUGUUGAUACUACAGCUGCAACCACAAAAUUAAAUGCCCAAACAAAAAAGUCAAAUUCCAAACAAAAAUCCACCCAAGAUGAAAGAAAAAAACUUUCUGAAUCAGAAUUUGUUUCGGAUUCCUUCCAAACCACAACCGAAACUGAUUUGGAGGAAAUAAAAGAUGGAAUGCGUAAACUUGGCAUUGACACGAUGACCCAACAGAUUUUAAAUAAUGACGAGGAACAAUGGGAAAAAGAUUUAGAGGCUGAAUUAAAGGAUUACGAAGUGGUUAGUGAAAGUGGUGGUGAUGGAGGCGGCGGCAUUGGUACAUUAACAAGUAUCAAUAUUGGUGCGGAUACUGACGACGAAUUACCGACAAUAUCAAAUCUGCGCACACGUUCAACAAACAACGACUGGGAAGAAAUGGCCGAUCUCAUUGAAGAUACCGAUGAUUUAAAAACUUUAAAAAGCUUAAAACGUGUUAUGCUGGGUUAUCAAUGAGAUCAGGGGUUUUUUACAAUUUUUUAGUUCACAUAUUUUUAUAAUAAAAU